AUGUCGCUCACCAUGGCGACCCUCGAUUCCGUCCAGCUGCUUUCGGAAGCAGCAUUUGGCUGUGAACAUCUUGCGGUGGUUCUCUCCAAGGACGAGAAAACUGCGGGUCAGUUUAAAGAUCGAUUCCGCAAGCAAUAUCAAUUGCUGGCUCCGUUCUCGAAACCAGAGACGGUCGCUGUCCCGACCACUGGACUCCGAACUGUGGAGUCACUCAAGCCGAAGUAUCACUGCUUGAGCUGCCCGGAAGUCUGCCUGAGCACAAAUCGAGCGGACCAUACCGCCGAGACUGGACAUGCCUUCUAUAUGGAGUCUCGUAAUCGCUUUGUUUUCUGUGAGAAAUGUCUCGAUUUUAUCUAUGAUCAUGUCCUGGAUAGGCUCCGUGGCCCUGCUGGCAAGUAUGAAGUUGUUGAUGGUCGAGCCAUUUGGGCUGAGGACUCGGCCUCCGAGGUCUAUGUCAAGAACAAUGCUUACAAAAACCCAUGCAUCAACCGUGGCGCUCGUGGUGUAUGGAAUAUGGGUCAAACCUGUUACCAAGCUUCUAUCUUGCAAGCCUUCCUGCACGAUCCCACCCUGAAUGCCUACUUCCUGGGAGGUGGCCAUGAUGUCCACACAUGCCAAAUCAAGGAUUGUCUGGCUUGUGCAACCGCCGAAGUCUUCAUGGAGUUCAACAGCGCUGAGAGAAACGACGCAGUCUCCGCAGCCACUCUUCUUCACCAUGGUUGGCAGAAAUCCAAGGACAUGGCUGGAUACCGCCAGCAAGAUGCCCACGAGUACUUCCAGUUCCUGGUCAACGGACUUCACUCAUCAACUCCCGGACAUGUUGAGAGCUAUGAUAAGCCAUGCGAGUGCUUCUUCCACCAGAUGUUCUAUGGCGAACUGCGCAGCAGCGUCAUGUGCCACAAAUGCGGCCAAACCACGAACACUCACGAUCCCAUGGCCGACCUGAGUCUUGACGUUCAGCUUCAGCACAAGAAGCGCAAGCUCGGUCGCUCUAGCUCAUCUACCACGGGAACCCUGAUCGGCUGCCUGGACAGCUUCACUGCCGCUGAAGACCUCCACGCCGAUGCUGCCUACCACUGCGAGAAAUGCGGCAACACUCCCCAGCGGGCCUCAAAGCGUCUGCAGAUCCGCAAGCUCCCUGUCAUGCUCUGCAUGCAGCUGAAGCGUUAUGAGCAUUCCUCCAACUCCUCCGAGAAGAUGAACGGCCACAUCGACUUCCCUCUCUCCGUCAACAUGCUGCCGUACACUGUCAAGAAGGACAGCCUGCCCGUCGACAUGUCUCAGUACAUGUACGACCUCACCGCCGUCAUUGUGCACCAGGGCACAAUGGACUCUGGCCAUUACUUCGCCUACACCCGCCUGGAGAAUGACACCUGGGUGCUUAUGGAUGACAACCGGGUGACGGUGGCGGGUGUGGCGGAGGUCCUUCGCCAGGACGCAUAUCUGCUGUUUUACAGCGUGCGUUCUCUGCGAGCCCAAAAGGCCAAGAAGUAG